AAGCCUGGUGACUAGCAAAACAAAAUGGCGGCCACUUCCCAGUACGACAAUGUUUUUCUUGGGAUUUUACAGAAUUGUACGGAAAUUAAGCCGUUUCUUGAAGCAAUAUUCUCCUUCCUUGCACGUCGGACUGACUUCUUUCGGGUUAUGACUAGUGAGAGUGAUAAAAUGGGUUUCCCUCCCGGCGUAGCCGAAAAUAUGGUUCGAUCACUGUUUAUGAAGUACCAAGCCAUGGUCUUGGAGUCACAGGGAAUUAAGAAAGACAAGGAUCCAGAGAUGGCUAAAAAGAAAAGUGAAGGAAAAGUGAGAGAAAAAUGUCAACAAACGGCUCCAACCUCUGCUGGCACAAGCAAGCCAGUCAAUGAAGGGCCUUCUAGUGGCGCAAUGCACGAAGAAGCAAUUCCUGUUGGGGUUGAAUCCACUGUAGAAGUCACAACUUCUGAAGAGCAGGAAGAAACAGGCUCAACUACUGCAGUGACAAGCAAUACUAGUACUUCAUCAUCUGAUGCUGCUGGUACAGACAUGGAAAGACAACAAAAUGAUGUCUCCCCAUCUUUUAAGAACACAUCUUCUAGCACACAAGACGAGUCUAAAGGCUUGUUACCGGGAACACAGCCUGAUUGCUAUAAUGGCGCAGCCCUUGAGGACUACGUAUGGGCGCAAACUAUUCACGACAUAGACAUCAAGGUGCCUGUUCCAAGCUGUGUAAAGAAAGCUCGCGACGUUGGGGUUGAGAUCAAGAACUCAUCUUUGAAGGUUUUUCUGAAAGGAAGUGUCCCACCUGAUGAUCUUAAAAAAGGGAGCACAAUACUUGUAGAUGGGCAGCUACAAAGACAUGUCAAGUGUGAAGAGUGCAUGUGGUCUCUUGAGCCAGGAAAAUGUGUGGCCAUCAAUUUAGAGAAAACGGAAGAACGCUUCUGGACGACAGUGAUUAAGGGAGAUCCUGAGAUUGACAGAACGAAAAUAGACACAACCCGAGACAUUCACGACUUCGAUGAGCAGACUCAGACUGACUACGAGCAAGUGAUGUACGACUAUCGCCAGAAGCAGAUGGGGAAACCUACCGUGAAAGAGCAGCAAACCCAUGAGAUGCUCAAGAAAGCGUGGAAUGCUAAAGGGUCUCCAUUUGCAGGCACUCCAUUCGACCCAUCAAAACUGAACAUAUCAUAGCCCAGCAAGGACAGCAAACAUAUGCAAAACUACUUUGUCUAUUUAUCCAGGCGCGUACCCAGGGUUUGCUGGCGGCCAGGGGGAGGAGCCUGUGCAUCCCCUUUGCAUGUACCUGCUACCGUGACCAAGAUAAAGCUUUUAAGUUAGUAUCCCAUCCGAAGAUGGCACGUAUUGUAGUCCAGGAACAUAUGCCCGUAGCAAAGUAGUCUCCUCUGUAAUUGUCCUAAGUGUCAGCCUGAAAUCAUUCCCCAUGAGUGAAGUGGGAUGGGGUUUCAGACUUUGAUACUCAUGAUACUUUUGAGUUGUAAGCGUGAUAGAAUGAUACUGUAACCGUCGGAACUUGACAUUAAACCGUGCGGUUAAGAAAAAUGUAGAAACAAAUGCAAUACUGAAGGCAAAACUAUCAGGUUCUGAUACCAGCCAAAAAGUAGGCAAAAAUAAAAGGAAUGAAACGAAAACGAUCGAGCGAAAGGCAACGUGAGAACGAAUACGUGAUGCAAGGCAUGGACUUAUAAGGAUUUAUUAACAAAUUAAAUAAUAAAUUUUAAGUGAUAACAAACAUAGUCCAAUCCCGAGAAAAGCUAUCCUAAGCCAAAGCUACUUUUGUAAACAAAGUACUUACAACCGGUAAAUCAAACUGAACACAACUGGCAUGACAGGCCCGUACGGACAGCGCUCUAAGCAUGUAGCCUAUCUCUGCUGAUGUCUUCCCUGAGCAACUGCAUGUCUCGUUCCCGCAUCACGCCUCGCAAGCAAUACGUCUCCUUUGCUCAACGGUACUAAACUAAAAACUAACAGAUACUGUAAAAACAGCCGCUUUUAAACUCGCUUGGGGACGCGCUUUUUUCUAGGGACGCUUAACAUUUACUACCGUUCAAAUAACUCGGCGUCCAUUGUCCUGUUAAAUUUAGAAACUAAUCUUCCUGGGAAAUGGUAAAGGAUCCUAACUUAAUUCAAUUAGCACUAUCAAGCUAUUGAUACUAAUCUAAAGGAAUUUGAAACAUGUACAUUAAAUCAAUGUUCAUUUUGUA